GGUUGCAAAGUGUUCGCUGCAUUGGGGCAAGAUUGCGGGCGGCUCGGCUUUAAGGCUUGUGCGCCGCUGCAGCUUUUUAUAAACGGCCCGGCUCACUUCGCUUCUCGAAUCAUCUCGCUCUUGGGUUUCCGAUAUGGCGGCUCUGCGUGGCACGCUGCUGAGGGGGAGCCGGGGCAUCUUUACCCCUUGGAGGCAGCCUUUACUAUCCAUGUACCUGUCCUGCCUCCACCACUUCCUCAGGUUCCUAUUGAAUCUCUCCCCCCUCCCUCUCCCUUUAAACCUGGGCCCUCUCGUCCUGGAUUCCACAGUCCGAGUGGAAGACCGUCCACACUCACGCUCUGGAUACCUGACAAACUGAUGCACCUGCUGCUCUGCUACUGCCUAAGGAGUAAAGACCCACCCGGCCUCUCCCUGUAACUCAGCCGCGCCAACAUCUAGUAAAGAUGGAAUACUGAUGCAAGGUUGCAGCUGUUUCUUCUCCACUAGCGCUCAGCGGCCAACCAAGUUCUAUGAUGAUGCCGAGGCUGCUGUGAAAGACAUUCCAGAUGGUUCUACGCUACUGGUGGGAGGCUUUGGGCUGUGCGGAAUCCCAGAGAACCUCAUCGGUGCCCUGCUGAAGACUGGCAUCAAGGGAAUCACGGCCGUCAGCAACAAUGCGGGAGUGGAUAACUUUGGCCUGGGGCUUCUGCUGCACACCAAGCAGAUCAAGAGGAUGGUGGCGUCCUACGUGGGUGAGAAUGCGGAGUUUGAGCGCCAGUACCUCAGCGGAGAGCUGGAAGUUGAGCUGACGCCACAGGGAACUUUGGCCGAGAGAAUCCGAGCUGGAGGAGCGGGUAUCCCAGCGUUCUUUACUCCGACAGCGUAUGGCACACUUAUUGAAGAAGGUGGCGCCCCCAUUAAAUACAAUAAGGAUGGCAGCAUCUGCAUAGCGAGUGAGCCCAGAGAGGUGCGGGAGUUUAAUGGCCGACACUACAUCAUGGAGAAGGGAAUCACUGGCGACUUCGCCCUCAUUAAGGCUUGGAAGGCUGAUCGAGCUGGCAAUGUCGUUUUCAGGAAGACGGCGCGCAACUUCAAUCAGACCAUGUGUAAAGCUGCCAAAGUGACCGUGGUGGAGGUGGAGGAGAUCGUCGACACGGGAACCUUUGCCCCUGAGGAUGUGCACAUACCCAGUAUAUACGUUCAGAGGGUCGUGAAGGGGCAGCAGUACGAGAAGCGUAUUGAGAGACUCACGCUCCGGAAGCUGGGCGACAGCAAGCCCAAAGCCAAGACGGAAGCCGACAUCGUGAGGGAGCGCAUCAUCCGCAGAGCGGCGCUGGAGUUCGAGGAUGGCAUGUACGCGAACCUGGGCAUUGGGAUGCCGAUGUUGGCCAGUAACUUCAUCCGAAAGGACAUCACGGUGCACCUGCAGAGCGAGAACGGAGUCCUGGGGCUGGGUCCAUAUCCACUGGAGGGAGAGCAAGACGCAGACCUGAUUAACGCAGGUAAAGAAACGGUGACUGUGCUGCCCGGGGCAUCCUUCUUCUCCAGUGACGAGUCAUUUGCCAUGAUCCGUGGGGGUCACGUGAACAUGACGAUGCUUGGCGGAAUGCAGGUGUCCAAGUACGGUGAUCUGGCCAACUGGAUGAUUCCGGGGAAGAUGGUGAAGGGAAUGGGUGGGGCAAUGGACCUGGUGGCCAGCGCUGAUACCAAGGUGGUGGUUACCAUGGAGCACACCGCAAAGGGUGGAGUUCACAAGAUCCUGGAGAAGUGUACGUUACCUCUCACUGGCAAGCGCUGUGUCAACCGCAUCAUCACAGAGAAGGCUGUCUUCGAUGUUUGCAAGGACACGGGAUUGACGCUGAUUGAAGUGUUUGACGGUGUGACAGUGGAUGAAAUCCGGAAGUGCACUGGGUGUGAUUUCAGUGUCUCUCCAAAUCUCCGGCCUGUGCCCCAGGUCUGAGUGUGACAGGCCCCUGGCUGAUGAGGACAAGGCUUCACCAGGAUGACGGGGAAUCGUCUGCAGAAUGAUGGCUUUAAUUUUAACAAGUAUAUUUUGAAAUUAGUGUUCAUCCCUUUAGUUGUGGAUAAUUGCAGUGUUCUCUGCUCUCCGGGGGUGGGUGGGGCUGGUCUGUGGUGUUUGUGAUGGAUCUUCCCCUCUGCUCUGGACCCAGCGAUCCAGCACAGAAAAGGCCCCUUCGAGCUGUGCUUCUCAGCGACCCACCUAUUUAACCCUGGCCUAAUCACAGGACAACUUGCAAUGACCGGCUAGCCCGUAAAUCUCUGGAAUGUGGGAGGAUGUGGUCUUGGGGAGAAGGCCUGAACUCCUUGCAGACCAUGCUGGAAUUCAGCCCUGUGCUGUAAUAACAUCGCGCAAACUGCCAGCAUUCCCUGACACUGUACCCCGCCGUGGGCAGGAAUCCCACUCUGCAAGGCUCCCGGUGACGCUUGACCCGGUGACGCAGUCUCUCCGCCACAACAGUCCAGGCUUGGAAAGGGGAGGUCUCCGACUCCCCUCCAUCAAUCUGGCCGUCCUGUACACUGCAAUGAAGCUGUAGCUUGUUGGGAAGCUUGUACUGCUUCAGAGCCUCUCCGGCAGGGAGCAACGGAGAUGGGAGACAAGUUCCCAGUGUCCACGGGGACCCUCGACAAGACGGGCAGCAGCUCUGGAGAGGAGUAACCAGUAUUUUGGGCUGGGACCCUUCAUCAGAAUACAUCGUGUGAGUCCUGAUGAUGGGUCUUGGCCAGAGAAGUAGACUGACUGUUCCUCACCAUUGAUGCUGCCUGACCUGCUGAGUUCCUACUGCAUUUUGGGUGUGUUGCUCUGGAUUUCCAACAUCUGCAGAAUCUCUUGUGGCUAUGAGUGGCAGUGAUCACCCUGUGAGUAUGGAGCUGCCUUAACCUUAACCUGGACCCUGACAGAGACAUUUUAGAAUCAGCUGUUUUACUAUGAGGGGAGAUGGCCCUUGAUCUGUGAGGGACAGGCAAGCAUCAGUGCCACAUCCCUUCGUGCGCAGGUGGGCCGAGGAGUCAUUCUGAAAGAACAGUGGCCCCUGGGCACUUAAUGGGCCUGUACGUCAUGCUGGCUGUUGUCAGGGGUUUUGUGGUAAAAGGAUGAUCUCCAAGUCAGCAGGAGGUGGCGCAGAAACAGUGGCAAUGCCUCGUCCGCACCAGAAGGGCAGGUCCCUCCUCAGAUACCCCGCAGGAAGUGGCGAGGAUCAGUCGCCGGUUAUAGGUGAGGGGAAUCUGGGGUUGCAUAUUGUGAUGCUUGUACGAGUUGUGUGGGUGUGAGUGUGUGUGAAUGUGCGUGCUUGUACGAGUGUGUGUGCACAGGGUGAAGGAGCCUUCAGAUCAGAUACACCGUUGCACUAUUCCGGAUGACGAGUCGCUCGAUUUUGUGAGUGCUAGCUCCCAGGAGCCCGAGUUUGCCCGUGAUUUAUUUUACACACACUGGCAUCAUCCUUUAAAUGGAUCAUACCCCUUCUGCGCUCGGAGACCAAAACUGCAAAUGAUCCCAUGGGUGCCACUCCUCAGCCGGGUGGGUUCAGCGCGCAGACGCGGUGCCCGAACGAGGGCCCACUCUCCACUUUGUGAUUGUUCUUAAUAAAUUCACAGUUACAAUUUUUA